AUGCCAUCGUCGAAAGCAAAAGACAGUCCCUCUGUGGAGCGUCGCGACCGUCUGACUCUUGCAAAGUUGGCCAGCUAUGACGAUGUCGCGACGGAUGCGCUGGUUGACCGGGCAUAUUUCUGGACCAAUACCCGCAAAAACCGAACGAAAUAUAUUCCCGUGAGAGGGAUACAUGAGGAUGAUGUGGCUCGUAUUCUCCUUCACGAUGUCAUUGUUGCCAAGGACGCUGCGAAAGCAGAAAAGCAAUUGCUAGCAAUGUCAGGUAUGAAGAAAUACUUGGCCAGGCUGCCCAGUGACCGCGAAAAGGAAUGGUUUCGCCGGCAUCUGCGCAAGUACAUCCAAAUGUAUCUCCCUGACUCGCCCUUCGAAGUUACCACGACCAAUCGCUACACGAUUACCGAACAUGAGGCGGCCAUCUGUGCCAGGAAAUUCAUCAAACAGGGCCAGGAGAUCAAGUACCUUAGUGGGACUCUUGUUCCCAUGACCCGCGAAGAAGAGCAAGAAUUGGAUCUGAAGCGGAAGGAUUUCAGCAUAGUCAUGUCUAGUCGGAGAAAAACGCCGUCGUUUUUUCUCGGACCCGCUCGCUUUGCCAACCAUGACUGCAAUGCCAAUGGCCGAUUGGUGACACGAGGAUCGGAGGGCAUGCAAGUUGUUGCCACUCGAGAUAUCUACAUUGGAGAAGAGAUCACCGUUUCAUACGGCGGCGAUUACUUCGGUAUCGACAAUUGCGAGUGUCUUUGCCUUACAUGCGAACGGGCAGUCCGCAAUGGCUGGGCGUCUCAUGUUGACUCCGAGGAAGAGUCAAGCAAAGCGUCCACUCCAGCUCUGAACGAUGAAGCGAUGUCCAACGACAGCUUACUUUCACCCAGAAAGCGCAAGCAUCAUUUGGAUAGUGAUUCCGAUAUCUCACCCUCGAGCACGCCUAGGAAGAGGAGUAAAUUUACACGACAGAGCUCUAAAUUACGAUCAGCAGUAUCGCUCGCAGAUUUUGCUCCUUCUGUUGGUUCGGGGUCAGACAAUCCACCGCCCCAAGCAGAGACUUCAAUUGUGCUAGAAACCACAGGGGCCGCAAGUAUAACCAAGGAUGCUAUUGUACCUGCAAGCGGUUCUGCUGCCGAAGCCACUCAAGUGCCUGCUACUGACUGUGACUCCUCUACUUCGCUCGAGGCCGACGAGUCACAACGCUCGUCAACGUCAACCACACCAACCUCAAUGGGUGAUGUCAAGAUCAAGGUGGAGGAAACGGUGGAGACUUCCCUCCCUGAAUCAGCAUCGACGACAGCAACUCAUCUUACACUUUCAGUCACAGGCCAGUCCCACAGCGACCGACACCUACCGGGAACUGACAACGACGCUUUGUCAGAGUUGUCCGAUUUAAUUGACACUCCCCAGAAGCCGAAGAGGUCAAGGGGUUCUCGCUGGAAGCAUGGCGUUGUCCCAUCGGUGGAGGAAGAGUCGAACCGUGUUCGGGUCCCUGGUGACUACACGAAAACUUCCAAGUUGCUUGCCCAAGCCUACGAUCGAUGGGUAGACUGCCAUACUUGUAAUGUUUGGUUUGUGCAGCAGAAUUCAUAUCUCACUCGGCGAGAGUGUCCCCGCUGCGAGCGUCAUUCUAUGCUAUACGGUUUCCGCUGGCCAAAGACGGAUAAAGAGGGUUCAAUGGAUGAGGAGGAGCGAGUGAUGGACCAUCGGACUGUUCACAGGUUCUUGUACCCGGAUGAAGAAGCUCGCGUCUCUCGCAAAGAUCGUGGGGUCAGUUUCGGCGUCACGCCCACCCCUGAAUUACUUGAGCCACGAACAGAGACCGACGACAGUGAAGCAGCUUACGAAAAUCCUCUCAUCAGCCUCGACUAUGGAGUAUUCCAGGGCAGAUAUGACUCGACAUAUAACCUUUCGUACUUCCGUAAGAUUCCAUUCGCAGUCCCGCCAACAGGAGAGAAUCGCUUUCGUGCCCCUCAGCCUCCCUUGAGAAUACUCGACGAUGUGUACGAUACCGAUCAGGAUUUUGACAUGUGUCCGCAACGUACCGUGAACGGCUCUGAGGAUUGCUUAUACCUCGGCCUGUUCUCGCGACCUUGGGAUGUGCGCUCCGCCUCCACAACUUCGCCCAAACGGCCCGUGUUGGUGGUGUUUUACGGCGGUGGCUUCAUUCAAGGGAGUGCCUCCUUUACCUUACCGCCGUCGUCUUACCCCGUCCUCAAUGCUAGUGACCUGAAUGACUAUGUGGUCAUUUAUUCCAACUACCGUGUGAACGUGUUCGGUUUUCUCCCGGGACGAGCGGUCAAAGAAUCACCCAGUUCGGAUCUAAACCCGGGGCUCCUGGACCAGCAAUCUGUUCUGAAGUGGGUUCAGAAAUACAUCCAUCACUUCGGUGGUGACCCUCACAACGUCACCAUCUGGGGACAAUCCGCUGGAGGAGGCUCAGUCAUCGCCCAGGUGCUAGCAAACGGCCGGGGCAAACAGCCAAAGCUCUUCUCAAAAGCUCUGGCGAGCUCACCAUUCUGGCCCAAAACCUAUGCCUACGAUGCUCCUGAAGUAGAGGCGAUCUACGAACAUCUGACCAAUCUGACCGGUUGUGCGAACGCCACAGAUACACUCACCUGUCUCAAAGAAGUCGACGUCCAGACCAUCCGCGACGCAAACCUAAUCAUCAGCGAAAGCCAGAAGUAUACAACCAGCACGUUCACCUGGGGUCCAGUCAUCGACGGCGAGCUCCUCUCCGACACUCUUACCGAAGCUGUGACGAGCGGCUCGCUCCAAACAGACCUCGUCUUCGGGAUGUACAACACCCACGAAGGCGAAAACUUCGUGCCGACUGGCUUGCGUUCGCAGAACACGACAGAUGGGUUCAAUUCUUCUAUUCCUAGCUUCCACCAAUGGCUGGUGGGGUUCCUGCCCGCACUGUCUCCCGAGCAGAUACGCCUUGUCGAGUCGAAAUACUACCCUUCUAUAGGGCGAACGGAGACUCUCAAUCUGUACAAUUCCACGUAUGUGCGGGCAGGCCUCAUCUACAGGGAUGUUAUCCUCGCUUGUCCGGCGUAUUGGAUAGCAUCGGCAGCCAAAACUGCCGGAUAUGUGGGUGAAUAUACUAUCCCGCCUGCGCAGCACGCCAGUGAUACCAUCUAUUGGAAUCAAGUCAACCCCAUCCAACAGACGGAUGAAUUAAUAUACAAGGGCUACGCCGGUGCCUUCGCCAGUCAUUUUCAAACCGGGGAUCCCAACGCGCAUAAGUUGACAAAUGCGUCGCAGCCCGGGGUGCCGAUGCUCCUGAGUACUGGCGAUGAAUUUGUUGUAUCUGAGACUGGAUUCAAGACUGCGGAACUGGUGCUGUUGAAGGAGAGGUGCGACUUCUGGAAGUCGAUUGGAGAAAAGAUUCCGGUAUAG